AUGGAUGACCCUACGCUGCUCAUCCAUUGGCUCUUUAGCAUUCUCGCCCUCAUGGUGAUGGGAGUGAGACUGCUAUGGAGAAAGAUUGCUAGACAGCCCUUCAAUAUGGGCGAUUACCUGACCAUGGCGGCAUCAGCGGUCCGAAAGACGAAGAUCUUCACAGAGGAUGAGAUCUACAGGAGGGAGAUCGGAAGCAAGUUUGCCAUCGCUAAUCGCGUCUUUUACAAUUCAUUCCUUUGGCUGCAGAAACUCGUCCUUCUUGACGUCUACCGACGUCUUCUCUUGAACCUACGUUAUGAGAAGAUCAUCAUGAUAUCUUUUCUUGUUGUCUUCUUUGUCACAUACGUCGCCGUCCAAGUCACUACCUUCAGCGAAUGCAACCCCUUCCACUUGUACUGGCAAGUGGUUCCUGACCCUGGUUCUUGUGCCAAGGCUCAGCUGCAACUCAUCGUUGUCGGCGUCCUCAAUAUCGUCACCGAUGUAUUGCUCCUCGCCGUCCCGAUCCCUCUCUUCUUUUCCCUCAAGACGUCCUGGAAGCGAAAACUCAAACUAUAUGUCCUAUUCACUCUUGGCAUCUUUAUCGUCGCCAUCACCGUCAUUCGCCUACCGAUCAAUGCGACCAAUAAGGAUAGCCAAGUCAACCGAACGACAUGGGCCAGCACCGAGCUCCUUACAGCCACGAUAGUCGUCAACGCGCCCACCAUCUAUGGCCUCUGGAACAAGAAGAAGCAGAGCUCCGCCUACUCCAACUCGCAUGGGACUGGUUUACCAACCCAUUCGAGCCGAAAGAACGGAACUGGAGUGCACACAUUCAACGAUGGUACAAGAUCACAGGCAUUUGCCAUGAAGUCGAUGAACCACGACCGAGAUUCUUCUAUGGGCGGAAUCAUGCAAACACAAGAAGUUAUCGUGUCUGAGUAUGUGGAUCCUAGCAAAAAGGGAGUCACGGUAAGGACGGAUGAGGCCGAGAUCGCAUCUAACUCGAGUCAACGAGGGAUACUGCGAGACUAG